GCGAACCGGGCGGGCUACACCAAGCCUUGUGCUUCCGCGGGCUCCGGGGUCGCUGGGGCUUCGUGGCGCGGGGGUCUGUGCGGGGUUUUCACUGCUCCCUCACCUUCCCCGCGCGGCCUCGUGGCUUCCUGCUUGGCCUGCGUUCAGCCGGAGACCCGGGAAAGGUGAAGAACGGAUGUCAUCAUGUCUGGAAUCAAGCGAACAAUUAAAGAAACUGACCCUGAUUAUGAGGAUGUAUCUGUGGCUCUUCCAAAUAAGCGGCAUAAAGCAAUUGAGAAUUCAGCUCGAGAUGCUGCUGUGCAGAAGAUAGAGACUAUUAUCAAGGAGCAAUUUGCACUUGAAAUGAAGAAUAAGGAACAUGAAAUUGAAGUCAUUGACCAGCGACUGAUUGAGGCAAGAAGGAUGAUGGAUAAACUUCGUGCCUGUAUUGUCGCAAACUACUAUGCUUCUGCAGGACUUCUAAAAGUUUCUGAGGGAUCAAAGGCAUGUGAUACAAUGGUUUUUAAUCAUCCUGCUAUCAAGAAAUUUUUGGAAUCACCAUCUAGGUCAUCAUCUCCUGCCAAUCAGAGAUCAGAAACUCCAUCAGCCAAUCAUUCUGAAAGUGAUUCUUUAUCUCAACACAAUGACUUCUUGUCUGACAAAGACAAUAACAGCAAUAUGGAUAUAGAGGAAAGACUCUCAAACAACAUGGAACAGAGACCAAGUCGAAAUACUGGAAGGGACACCUCUAGUAUUACUGGCUCCCAUAAAACAGAGCAGCGGAAUGUUGAUCUUGCAGGAGAUGAGACUUCACGACUUUUUGUAAAGAAAACAAUAGUAGUGGGCAAUGUGUCCAAGUAUAUACCUCCUGAUAAGAGAGAAGAAAAUGACCAAUCAACCCACAAAUGGAUGGUGUAUGUCCGAGGGUCUCGUAGAGAACCCAGCAUUAAUCAUUUUGUCAAGAAAGUUUGGUUCUUCCUUCAUCCCAGCUAUAAACCAAAUGACCUUGUGGAAGUUAGAGAGCCUCCUUUUCACCUGACCAGAAGAGGCUGGGGUGAGUUUCCUGUCAGAGUUCAAGUUCACUUUAAGGACAGCCAGAACAAGCGGAUAGAUAUCAUACAUAAUCUGAAGCUGGAUAGAACGUACACUGGCUUGCAGACUCUUGGAGCAGAGACGGUAGUGGAUGUUGAGCUCCACCGGCAUUCCCUUGGAGAAGACUCCCUUUACCCUCAGUCCUCCGAGUCAGACCUCUCUGAUGCCCCACCAUCUUUGCCUUUGACCAUCCCAGCCCCAGUGAAAGCUUCCUCACCAAUAAAGCAGUCGCGUGAGGCAGUACCUGACACCUCUGUGGAGAAAGGAUUACCAGCCAAUACUGAAACUGAGAGACAUACUACAUUUUAUUCUUUGCCAUCUUCACUGGAACGAACACCCACCAAAAUGACAACAUCCCAGAAAGUUAUGUUUUGUUCUCAUGGCAAUUCAGCUUUCCAGCCAAUAGCAUCAAGCUGCAAAAUUGUGCCACAGAGUCAGGUUCCUAAUCCUGAGUCACCUGGGAAAUCCUUCCAGCCUAUCACCAUGAGCUGCAAGAUUGUUUCAGGUUCCCCCAUAUCAACGCCAAGUCCAUCACCAUUGCCUCGAACCCCAACUUCCACUCCAGUCCAUGUGAAGCAAGGCACUGCCAGCUCUGUUAUUAGUAACCCUUAUGUUAUCAUGGACAAGCCAGGGCAGGUUAUUGGAGCCACCACUCCCACUACAGGAAGUCCUACAAACAAGCUCUCUACUGCUUCUCAAGCCUCCCAAGGAACAGGUUCCCCUAUUCCUAAAAUUCAUGGAAGUAGUCUUGUAACAUCUACUGUCAAGCAGGAGGAUUCUUUGUUUGCAUCUAUGCCACCUCUUUGCCCAAUUGGGAGUCACCCUAAGGUUCAAAGCCCCAAACCUAUAACUGGAGGACUUGGAGCUUUCACAAAAGUAAUCAUCAAGCAGGAACCUGGCGAAGCCUCUCACGUGCCCACAACUGGAGCUGCCAGCCAGUCACCACUCCCCCAGUAUGUGACUGUGAAAGGGGGUCACAUGAUAGCUGUGUCCCCUCAAAAACAGGUCAUAGCUGCUGGAGAAGGGACUGCCCAGUCACCAAAGAUUCAGCCCUCCAAGGUGGUCGGGGUGCCGGUUGGGUCUACUUUACCUUCAGCAGUGAAACAGGCGGUGGCAAUCAGUGGUGGCCAAAUCCUCGUGGCCAAGGCCAGCUCUUCCGUCGCCAAAGCAGUUGGUCCAAAGCAAGUUGUGACCCAAGGAGUUGCCAAAGCAAUUGUGAGUGGAGGUGGAGGAACCAUUGUCGCUCAGCCAGUGCAAACCUUAACCAAGGCCCAGGUCACUGCUGCUGGCCCCCAGAAGAGUGGAUCCCAGGGUUCAGUAAUGGCAACAUUGCAGCUACCAGCCACUAACUUGGCCAACUUGGCAAAUUUGCCACCUGGCACUAAACUUUACCUUACAACGAACAGCAAGAACCCUUCAGGAAAAGGAAAACUGCUGCUCAUCCCUCAAGGAGCCAUCCUGCGAGCCACCAACAGUGCUAACCUGCAGUCCGGCUCAGCUGCCAAUAGUGCUGGUGGUGCCGGAGGCAGUGGCAGUGGAGGUGGCAGCAGUGGAGGAGGGGGAGGAACAGGAGGAGCCCAAAGCCCCGCUGGGCCUGGAGGGAUAUCCCAGCACCUGACCUACACAUCUUACAUUCUCAAGCAAACACCUCAGGGUACAUUUUUAGUUGGCCAGCCAUCACCCCAGACAUCUGGAAAACAGCUGACUACUGGGUCAGUGGUCCAAGGUACACUGGGAGUCAGCACAUCUUCUGCUCAAGGACAACAAACAUUGAAAGUCAUCUCUGGACAAAAAACCACUUUGUUUACCCAGGCAGCCCCUGGGGGACAGGCCCCUCUAAUGAAAAUAUCUGAUGGGACAUUGAAGUCUGUGCCAGCUACCUCGCAACUCUCAAAGCCUGGAACCACCAUGCUGAGAGUAGCAGGAGGGGUUAUCACAGCUGCCACUUCGCCAGCCGUGGCCCUGUCAGCAAAUGGUCCUGCACAACAGUCAGAAGGAACAGCUCCCAGUUCAUCAUCCACUGUAGGUUCCAUAAUGAAAACUUCUGGGCAACAGCAAGUGUGUGUGAGCCAGGCCACCAUGGGAACCUGCAAGGCUGCUGCUCCCUCUGUCAUCAGUGCCACAUCCCUGGUGUCCACACCUAACCCCAUCUCCGGGAAGGCUACAGUGUCAGGAUUGUUAAAGAUUCACUCCAGUCAAUCCAAUCCCCAGCAGGCGGUCCUGACAAUCCCCAGCCAGCUCAAACCGCUCAGUGUAAAUACAUCUGGAGGUGUGCAGACUAUACUGAUGCCUGUGAAUAAAGUGGUUCAGUCGUUUUCUGCCAACAAAUCACCUACCAUUCUGCCGGUGGCUGCCCCCACUCCAGUUGUCCCCAGCUCUGUUCCAGCAACUGUUACAAAAGUGAAGACUGAACCAGAAACUCCCGGGCCAAGCUGCCUCCCUCAGGAGGGCCAGACAGCAGUGAAAACAGAAGAGAGCUCUGAGCUGGGGAACUAUGCUAUUAAGAUAGACCAUUUAGAGACGAUCCAGCAACUCUUAACGGCAGUAGUAAAGAAGAUCCCAUUAAUCACUGCAAAAAGUGAGGAUGCCAGCUGUUUUUCUGCGAAGUCUGUGCAGCAGUAUUAUGGCUGGAACAUCGGAAAGAGGAGAGCCGCCGAGUGGCAAAGAGCAAUGACAAUGCGAAAGGUCUUACAAGAAAUACUGGAGAAGAACCCAAGAUUUCACCACCUGACGCCCCUGAAAACCAAGCACAUUGCUCACUGGUGUCGCUGCCACGGCUAUACCCCACCUGACCCCGAGAGCCUCAGGAGCGACGGGGACUCCAUUGAGGACGUGCUGACCCAGAUCGACAGCGAGCCAGAGUGCCCGUCGUCCUUCUCCUCCGCCGACAGCCUGUGCCGGAAGCUGCAGGACCUCCAGCAGCUUCAGAGGAGAGAGCCGGAGCACGAGGAGGAGGUGGACGUCCUCAGCCUCUCGGAGCCACUGCAGACAAACAUCAAGAAAGAGCAGGAGGAGAAGCAGGAAGAAGUGAAAUUCUACCUGCCACCAACACCGGGGGCGGAGUUCAUUGGCGACAUCACACAGAAGAUUGGGAUCACCCUGCAGCCCGUGGCGCUUCACAGGAACGUGUAUGCGUCGGUGGUGGAGGACAUGAUUUUAAAGGCUACAGAGCAGCUGGUGAGUGACAUCCUGAGGCAGGCGUUGGCGGUCGGAUACCAGGCAGCAUCCCACAACAGGAUUCCCAAAGAAAUUACAGUGACUAAUAUUCACCAGGCCAUUUGCAACAUUCCUUUUCUGGACUUCCUCACAAACAAACACAUGGGGAUACUGAAUGAAGAUCAGUGAGUGGAAUGAAGACACCCCUAGAAAAGCAGGAUCUGUAGCUGGAUCCGAAGCUUUGAACUAUGAUGACUCUUCUGUUCGGGGAAGGAGGUCGUCCGGGCCUCAGAAUGUCAUGGUUAACGCACCGUUCCCUCCACCGAAUUCAGCGCAGCACCAGAGUGUUCAGUCCCAGGUCAGAUCCCGUUAGGACACAGGCUUCCUGGUUCCGGGGUGAAGCUGUGGGUGCAUGCUGUCAGCUUGCAUCUGUCCACUCUCUGUAAAGCUCACUGGAGGGUCCAGAGCUGGGCCAGGCCUGUGUAUCAGGUCCUUCUCCCUGUGGGGCGUCCUCAAGGGGGCACCUUGGGCCUGACUCUCCCUCCAGGAGGAGAACAUGAGUCUGGCAGGCCAGAGAUUUCACCCAUUCUGUGGGCUGGGUUAUAGGCAGCCCAGCGGUUACCCUGGCAACACCUGGAGGACUAGGCUCAGCACUCGGCGGGUGGCCACGGUGUGGAGAAUUGGCCCUUGGCCCACGUGCAUCGGUCACAGGAUGCGGUAAUGCUGUGCGGGAAACAAAGGCCCGAAGGUUGCAGCCUGAGCAGAAGUGUUACUUGAUGGAGCACGGGAGCAUCACUGCCUACCGCCAGUCUCAGAGAGGAGGGAUGGCCAAGUCACAGGCAAGGAGCAGAUACAUUCCGGCAUUGGUCUGGGAAGGUUCGACUGUAACCAGGAGCUCUCAACGUGUUCAAAGAGACAGUGCCCGCAAAUGCCGGCUCCCGGCAGUCAGGCUCACACAGCCUCGCCUGUGUGCCAGGCAGCGAGCUGGUGCCACAGUUCUCGGGUCACCCAGGCUGCACCCGGCUGGACGGCCAGUGGGAGCAGCUCCUGCGACAGCCGCCACGGCUGUCUGUCCUCCGGUGGAUUCCAUGUCCCC